CUCAGUCAAACAGGACGAUUAAGAAGAAAAAAAAAUGGAUAAACGUCAAGAUGGAAUCGUACAUAUGUGUCUUUUGGUGAUGAUUCAAUGGAUUAGUAUAGCAGUUGUUGUACUUAAUAGUGUGGCAUAUAGUAUGUCACAGCAACACCCAUUGUUAGAUGGUAAAUUAGUAUCAUCUCAGUCAGGACCUCAGGAUAUACUUUUGAUUGUACUAGGAGUCACCUCCUUUUUGGCGGCUUCUUUACCACUAUGUCUUCAUCUAUAUAUUUAUUAUCGAUCCAAUGGUGCUUGUUCUUUUUCACCAUCAAAAAUCGUAUUGAUCAGCGAGUUAUGCAUUGGAGUUGUCAUGGUAACCCUUUGGACGGCUGCUUCUUCUAUUGUAUUGACACAUUUUCAUGUAUCAUCUAGUUGUCGAUUAGAUGUUGUUAAUGAUCUAUCAGCAUGUAAAAUGUUGGAUAUGGCAAUCACCAUCGGUAUUGUAGCUAUAGCAGGAUGGGUGAUGAUGCUGAUCAUUGCAUCCAUCAGCAUAUCAAGAUUACCGGCAAUGCCAUCCUUUAUUUUAGAACAAAAUCCAUAUCAUGCCAUUGGCUAUCCUUUGGAACAAGAACAAUAUCACGUAGCUGCUCCACCUUAUUCAUCAUUGCCUCAACCACCGCCUCCUUUGUUACUGUCAUCUCAAUCUAGAAAAUCUUAUUUAAGAAGUAAUGCAAUGGAAGAUAUGAGCUCAAACGACAUCAGAAAUGGGGAGAAAAAACAAACUUUUAUGGGUGAUGUUGAUGAUUAUCCUACCGAUAUGAAAUAUCCUCUAUAUAAUAUUGACUCUUUACCUACUAUUCAAAUCGGGGUAUCAAAGUUUGAUAUCUCUUUUAUGUCCUGAAUUUCAUUGUUUUCUUUUUUUUUUUUUCU